CGUAUCUUCCUUCGGCGCCCACAGAGAUGGACUCGGCCGCCCGCUUUCCGGCUCCGGAAGGAACGGCACUGGUCACCGCGGACGAGAUGUUCACCAAGCGCGGCUGUUGCUGCUUCCGGAUGCCCUGGCCUGGCACGCGGGCGCGCAAGGCGGUGGAGCGGCGCGAGUACGGGGGAGGGCCCGUGACGGGGCGGUGGUGGUGGAGGCGAGGAAUGAAGGUGGUCAUGAAAGUGAGGGAGUGGACGGAGAUCGUGGCCAGCCCCAGAUGGAAGACCUUCGUCCGGCGGUUCCGCCGCCGGCCCCGUCACGGCGGGUUCGGAUACGACCCCCUCAGUUACGCCCUCAACUUCGACGAAGGGCUGGGCAGCGACUCCGACGGCGACAGCGUUAGACGGGGAUUCUCCGCCAGGUACGCCACUCCGCCGGCAUCGGCCACGUCGUCGAUGGAUCUUGGGGGUCCCAACGACGCGCCGCCGUUCGUGGGCGACGCCCACCGAUGAGGGUGAUUGGAGACCGAAAGGGAUGAUGUUUUGUAGGUCUUUCAUGUAUCUUGUAGGGGUUAAUUAAUCUCAUUUUCAUAUGUUUUCUUAAUACAUUCUACAUUUAUAUGAGAAAAAAACAGCUAUUUUGCCCUUUCCGAUAA